CAGCAUCCACAUGCUCCUCAGACAACAAUGGAAAGACCCCAGGUUGUCUUUCUUACAUUACCUGAAUUCCACGGAAUGGCAAGAUGUGUCAUCCGAAGAUGUGAUCAUCGAUGGAGAAGCCUGGUUUGCCGAAAAACUCUGGACCCCGCACAUCAUCUUCGUCAACGAACACGACUCAUCUGUUUUCGAUUUUUCAAAAGAAAACGUCUACGUGGCUAUCGAUGCAGACGGCAAUGUCUACUUCAACUGCAGAUUGCGAGUGCAGUUUUACUGCGAAAUCGACUUGACCUUGUUUCCCUUCGACGAUCAAACAUGCCGAUUGAAGAUGGAAAGCUGGACGCUGACAGAAAAGGAUCUUGUGCUCAAGUGGAUGACCCCGACGUCGAACCUCAACUCCGUCGAAGUGGCCGACGAGUUUUCCAUGUCGGAAUACGAUCUGUACAAAGUAGAAGCCAAGGAACACAUUUACAAUUACCCACAUUAUACCAUAGAGUCAAAUCCGAAAAAGAUAAUAAGCAAUGCCGAUGUCCGACUUCGUCCAUCCACGGUCAAGGGGAAUGUGAAGGCUUUCGUCGGGGUUCAAUCCGGGAAAGUAUUUUUCAAAGAC